GUGUCGGACAGUCCCACUUGGAACGUUAAAUUUACCAUUCCGGGAUUGUCUCUUGAAAAUUAUGAUCGAGAUGGUAGGUCCUUCUAGAUUUGAUGAUUUGUAUCGUUGUUCAGAUUAUCCUAAUUCGAUGUAUCAGAUUAUCACAGUUCAAUGUUUCAGAUUACCACAAUUCAAUGUAUCAGAUUAUCACAGUUCAAUGCUUCUCACCUGAGCUUUGAUCAGACCGUGAUUAAAGAAAAGUUGAACAGAAACUUUCACGGUUUUCAGUUCUUUACCAUGGCAGCCAGACAAACUUCGGGAAAAAAAACAACCUUAAAAGCAUGUAGUCACAACGCUAUGAAAUAUUUUAUCAAUUCACUUUACUCUCAUCAACCCACAUGCCAUGAUGAGGAAUGGAAAAUGCAAUGGGGUUUGACAAAACAAAGUGUGUGGGGUUAGGGUGUACUGAAUGUCGUUUCUUUGUGUGUGUAAGUGGGGAAGUGGGGUGUGUGGAUGCUGGAACCUUUGCAGAUGGGUCAAGUUAAAACAUAUUUUAUCGUCUUCACAAAAUUGUGAUCGGUCAGCACCGCAGAAUUUCUUCUCAAUACUUUAAAACGUUCUUGAUGUGCCCCUGCACAUUCAAAGUAAGUCCCAUUGUUCGUCAGCGCUGUUAUUAUGUUAUGUUCAUUAUGUUAUGUUUGUUAUGUUUAUUUAUUAUGUUAUGUUUGUUAUUUUAUGUUUAUUAUGCUGUUUGUUAUGUUAAGUUUAAUUAUGUCUUACUGUGUAUGUUAGGUUUAUUAUGUCUUACUGUGUAUGUUAUGUUUAUUGUCUUACUAUGUAUGUUAUGUUGAUGUGUCGUACUAUGUAUAAUGUUAUGUUUAUUGUGUCUUACUGUGUAUGUUAUGUUUAUUGUCUCUUACUGUGUAUGUUAUUUUUAUUAUGUCUUACUGUGUAUGUUAUGUUUACUAUGUCUUACUGUGUAUAUAAUGUUUAUUAUGUCUUACUGUGUCUAUCUCACAGGAAACCCUAAGAUGACCAGCCUCAUGGUUAAACCAAUCAUGGCCCUGCCCUAUGUUUACAAACAGUUGUCCGAUGAAAAGAACAAAACUCUGAUGGCCUGGAAAGGUUUAACAAAAGACAGACUCGUUUUUUCUGCCUCUGCGACGUUCACAAUGUCCCGGGCGGUGUACUGUCCAGAAAUACCCAAGUGGCCACUCGACGUCCACUUCUGUAUUGGCUACGUAGGGAAAUCGUCGCUAAAGACGGUUGCGAACUUCUGCCCUUCCGGCCGAGAGUCCGAGCCGCUGUGGACUGAAGUUUAUCAUUUUGUGUCAGUGGACAACGUGACCCGGAAGUCGAAACCUUGGCCAGGCUGGUUUCAAGAUCACUUUAAAGGAAAGGGCUGCGCUUACAAAGGUCACACCGUUAGGCCCUUUGAACGGCCUUCGUUAACUUACAACUGCCCGGUUAAGGUGAGGUUUCAGGGAAACAAAUCAAUUUAAUUUUUUUUUAAAACUCAUAGCCCGUACACUAAGCGCUGCGUUUUCACGGACUCACUUUAGGAAAUACCAGCAAUGAACAAUCUCUAUAUAUAAUUCGCCAGAAGUAGGACAAACACCACCACGCAGGCUAUAUAUAGAUACGCCAGAGCAAGCAAAACGUAGGCAAACCAUCCCCUUCCCAUCCCUUGCCACCCUCGCUUGCCUGCCAGCUUAUGCUAAGCGCGGCGUCUGCUAAGCCGCGGGUCGGCGUGAAAUAAAAAGUGUGCCGUGACGUAUCAUGAAAAAAAAGGGGGGGGGGAUGCCUGUAGCAACAUUGGCAUUCUUAAAUGUGCGUAACUUGAGUUCAUGUUUUUGUAAGGUAACUUUAGUAGAUGGGAAGUUCACGCAUUGCUACCGCCAAUGUUUGGCGGGCUAUAACUAGUCUUAUACUAAAUUAGGGAGUUUUAACCAACAACUUCAUGACUAGUUCUAAUCUGCUGAAAAUUCUAUGGCAGUCUUCUAAAAAUUACUGUCAAGUUCAAUUAAUUAUUGACCUUUUUCCAGUUUGAAAAGUUUGACCACUUCUCAUUCGGUUCUUGAAUUUUCCAUCUCUCCAUCCAUGUUUGAAUUUGUCAUCUCUCCAUCUAUGUCUGAAUUUUCAUCUCUCCAUACAUUUUUGAAUUUAUGAUCUCUCCAUCCAUCUUUUCUUUUUUUUUAAUCUUUAAGGUUACACAGUAUUGUGCACAAUCUCUUGCAGGUCAGAUGGUCGGAUAUCGACUACAAUAACCACUCAACAUUUACAUCCUAUGUGCACUGGGCCAUUAAUGCCAUCCAUGCUACCAUCAGAGAAGAGGACGAAGCCAAGGGUCUGAAAUCAACAUUUGGCGCAGACCAACGGCCUAGCAGUGCCCUCAACGGCAUAAACAAAGACAUCAUCACAAAUGGCCUGAAAGAUGUCCAGAUAUGUUUUCUCAGUGAGAGCCUGGAGGGACAAGUUCUAAAUGUUCAUGUCUGGCAACAGCACAAUCUGGCACAUGCAGUUUUUACAUCCAUUGAGAGAGACUCGGAAGUGAUCUGUCAGAUUAAGUUUGAGUACAACAGUGAGCCU